AUGCCGUAUAAUACUCCACCAUCCCAAUCGGAGUAUAAUACUCCACCAUCCCAAUCGGAGUAUAUUAGUAUCAAUAAUUUCAAUCGAUUUCCCACGGAUUCGCAACAGCAAACGAACCCAGGUCUUCAGCAACAGGUACCCGUGAGUCCACCACCUUUCAAUUCGCCAUUAGUCUACGAGUCGAGUGGCAGCGCGUCUGCCACUAGUAGUAGUGGGAGUAGUCUGGAUUUUGAUGCUUUGAAAUAUAAAAAUGACAUUUGCAAGUCUUUUGAAGACGAUUUAUUUUAUUGCCCCAGAUCUCUGCUCUCCGCGCAGGAACAACUAACAUGUGAGAGAGUAGAUCUCUUUAUGGCUGAACAACUCAGAGAAUUACAACAACAACAGCAAACUAGUAUGCAUUCCUCAUCAUCACCCAAAUUGAGUUUGCAGAGGCCCAAAUUCAACCCUUAUACAUCACAAAGUUUUAGCCCAGCUCCUACGGCAUCCGGAAACGGUUUGGUCAAGUAA